CCAACGGUCCAAUGCCCUCCACCAUUGGAACUUGGAGGCUUUCCUGCAUAGACGGGAUCUGAGCUCCCACAGUUGCCAUGACGUUGUUGCUUGCGAUCGCUUGCUUCGGCUGACACACGAGUUUGGGGUUCUCACUCACGUCAUGCCUCAACCUUUUGGGGCCAGCUUGCGCCCUAUCAGCACGAGCGACCCGAUUUCCCCCGCCUCCCACUUGUCGUUGCCUUGAUCAAGGGGCCAUUUUUUUCAAGAGCCCAAAGACCUCCUCCCUGCACCUGAGUCACAGCCCCAACCCCAACCACAACUACGAAUCAACACCAACACCAUCUUCCUCACCAAGCCCAUCCAAGCACAUCCAGGCCCACACAAGCCCAUCCAAGCACAUCCAAGUCCAUCCAAGCACAUCCAGGCCCACGCAAGCCCAGACAGAGCACACAGUGCACCCACGCCAUGUCGGCUGAAGAGAAAGCGCGCUUGCUGACGCCGUCGGGCAGCACUUCGCUUCAGGAAACGCAGCCGCGCCAACCAUCCGGGCGCAGGCACACGCAAGCGAGUGAUGCGGCGAGCUCAGGCAUUCACAGCAGUGCCAGUGCGACCCAGUACAGAAGCGUAACUUCGUGGCCUCAGGCCGGGUUCAGCCUCACUGACGACGUGGCCCCAGUUGAACCCCAAGAAGCUGGGUCCACCGUCAACAACACAUCGUUCAGUGCACCAUCAUCACGUGCCGUUGACGGUGCUUACAGGUUUGUUGGGCGGAACCAAGAGCAGCGCCGAACCGUCUGGCAACGCAUGGGGCAGCGCGACAACCGUGUAGCAGCCGCACCCAAUGAAACCACGUCGCUCCCGCCACAACAACAACAACAACAACAACAACAACAACAACAACAACAACAACAACAGCAGCAGCAGCAGCAGCAGCGCGGUCGGCGCUCCACCGCUCGCUCACAGUCGUACCAUGCACGGGGACAGCCGCCGCCUCUGCCUCCAAGACCUUCCAGUGGCUCGUCCAUCAGAGCGGCAUGGGACGCGCAGCACCAGCAGCCAACGUCGCCCAUACCGCCACCGCUGCCGCCGAGACGCGACACCACGAGUGUCAACGUGGAGCGCUCAAACACGUCCCAUGCCGUGUAUGGCACCUACACGACAGAGAGAAUGUACUUGGUGCCGGUUGACCAUCAACAGAGACCCGGCUCGUAUGUGGAUGGUCGAGUUUAUGCGGAAGCGGAUGACGUUCUCAGCAGCGACAGCAGCCGCAGCAGCCGCAGGACCACCACCACGUCCGCACUUCUGGAACGCGAAAACCACAGCACCAACUCAGCAGUUUCUCGGCGGUCCAGCAAAGUGCCGUGGCUUCGGUGCUGCUUCUCCUGCUGCAGAGACCCGUCUGCGACGUCAGAAGCGACUGUGUGGUCGCUGAUUGUUCUUGUCUUGGUGACAUUGAUCACGACCCUUGUGCUGUUUGUUCCCGACUACGGCAGCAACGUCUUGGUGCCACUCGACUGCCGAAGCAAUGUCUCCAACGCAUUCAUCCUGCAGAAGGGCUUCUCCACUGUGAGCGAGGUCGAUGACUGCUGCUGCGACGCGUUUGACCACAUUCGCAAGGUGCACGGUCACAUCUCGGUGCACUGGGCGACCACCCGUUUCCGCAUCCAGUCUGUUGAGCACGUGCGUGGGGACAUUGUCGCCUCGCCCGUCUCUGGCCAACUCGUGGAGGUGGAUCUUGGGUCCCUCAGAAAGGUGGGAGGAAGCCUGACGUUUGCAGGCAACAACAUCAGCAGCGUCAGCUUUGGCAGCCUGACAUCGGUUGGCGGUGAUCUCGCCAUGACCUUCAGCAACCUCACGCGCCUUGAUUUCGGACACGUGACCCGCAUUGGUGGCGAUCUGAAGCUUGCAGGCAACGCGUUGUCUUUUGUCGACCUGUCCACCUUGCGACAGAUCUCGGGCGGCCUCUUUCUUGGGUCCAAUCCAUCCCUUACAACCAUCAACUGUCAUGGUCUUGGUUCCUGCAUCUGUGCUGAUGCUGCAGCAAACCUCACCAACUGCCCUCCUCCCUGCGCCUCCUGUUGACUUGGCUCCUCACGCCUUUCCUUGUUUCGUUCAUUCCUCAUGCCUGCUCCCUUUUCUGACCAAUUCCAUCCCCACACUUGCCCCAAUACCCGCACACAAACACACACCACAUACGCACGCGUUCGGCCAAACACAACAGCUUUCGUUCCACACGCUUCCUACCCAUUGCUUCCACGUUCUUGUUCUCACUGUUCACUGGUGGAUAAACCAACCAACACGAA